GUGAACGAAACGAAGUUUUGAUUCAGUGUAAAAGUGCUGUGCAUGGUUCUAGUAUAGAGUUUAUGCUAAUUCCGCGGUUAUUUUUGUAUGCAUUUUUACUGUUCAGUGUUUAUUAAGAAACUAUUGUGUGCUUAAAAGUGUUGUAAAGUAGUACCUAUUGAAUGUGCAAACUUUAUUUUUUGUAAAUAACUAAUGGAUUUACAUUAAAUCAGAAUAUCGGAAAACAUCGAGAUGGACAAUCUCCUACUCGACUCGGAGAACAAUGCAAAGAUAUCGGACUCUGCCUACUCCAACAGCUGUAGCAACAGUCAGUCCCGGAGGAGCCACAGCUCUAAGUCCACUCAUUCCGGAAGCAAUUCAAGUGGCAGCAGUGGUUAUGGCGGGAAACCUUCUACUUCUGGCAGCAGCAACGCGCAGCAGCCAGAAAAGAGGACUAAAGAUAAAGAUACAAAAAAGAAGAAGAGUCAAGCAGAGACUCUUCAGACCCCGAUAGAAGAGGAAUGUAGACCACCCACGCCAGUGGCGGUCUUUGAGGACCCCAAAGAAGAGAAGCUAGAUGUUGAGCUGUCUCCGCCAACACAGCAUGUGCAGUCUGAGAAGGGCGUUGAACUCAUGGAGAUUGUGGCCUCUGACAGAAUCAGCGAUAAGGAUGAGGAGGGUAACAAGGAAGGAUUUUCUUGCGUCAUCUCAAUGCACGAUGGGGUGGUUAUGUAUACCACUUCCACUCUUACAACGACCCUUGGUUUCCCUAAAGACAUGUGGAUUGGCAGAUCCUUUAUUGACUUCGUUCAUCCUAGAGAUCGGAAUAUUUUUGCAUCACAAAUAACUAACGGUUUGGCAGUUCCGAAAGUUGUUAAUGGUACGCAAGAAAAAGCUCAGUCACCGGGGAGCUCAACGUCAACGAUGGUGUGCCGCAUUCGGCGGUACCGGGGCCUCAACGCCGGUUUCGGAGUCAAAGAACGCUUAGUUACGUUCUUGCCGUUCCUCUUGAAGCUAACUUUUAAAGACAUCAGCGACGACAAGGGCAAAGUUAUCUAUCUAGUUAUUCAGGCUACACCGUUUUUCUCUGCUUUCAAACUACCAAAUGAGCCGGUUACCAAAUCUGUGCCAUUUGUGUUGAGGCAUGCCGCGAAUGGCCAAAUCGAGUACAUUGACCCCGAGUCGGUUCCCUACUUGGGCUACUUGCCCCAGGAUUUGACUGGCAAGAACGCUCUGAACUUAUACCAUCCGGAGGAGUUGGGCUAUUUAGGACAUGUGUAUGAAACGAUCGUGAAGGAAGGAGGCAUGCCCCGCUCGAAGCCAUACAGAAUGAUGACACAAAAUGGGGACUAUUUACGGCUUGAAACUGAAUGGUCGUCUUUUAUAAACCCGUGGUCACGAAAAUUGGAAUUUGUCACCGGUAAACAUUAUAUUAUUGAGGGCCCUUCAAAUCCUGAUGUUCUCCAAACGUCGGAAUCAGAAAAGUCGAUCAAGCAGUCCGAGGAAGAGAAGAACAAAACGCAAGGGUUGAGGGACAGCAUCAUUAGAAUUCUUAAUGAAGUGCUGACGAAGCCUGCCGAGGUCGCCAAGCAGCAGAUGAGCAAGAGAUGUCAGGACCUGGCAUCAUUCAUGGAGAGUCUCAUGGAAGAGCCACCGAAAGGCGACGACGAAUUCCGUCUGGAAAUUCAAGAGCCUGACAAUAGCUAUUAUGAACGUGACUCAGUAAUGUUUGGAGGUAUUUCCCCUCACCACGAGUACAACGACAGUAAAUCCAGUACUGAAACACCUCUUAGUUACAAUCAGCUGAAUUAUAAUGAAACAUUGCAGAGAUAUUUCGACAGCCAUGAGUCUUUUUAUCAUGAAGAAUUUAACACGUCAGCCGAUGAUAAUCUAUUUGUGUUAAACAAAAUUGAUCCAUCAAGUGUUUCAUCACCGGCCGUCAAUUCGGGGGAUUCAGGAGAAAUGAGUUCAUAUGAAGGCAGCACUCUCGCCAUCGGCAACUGUGCUACCAGCACCAUUGAUGACUGCCAUCCUCAUCGGCUGACAGAAUCGCUGCUUAGCAAGCACAAUGCAGAAAUGGAGAAAGAAUUGAUGAAAAUGCACAGGGACAGUCGUUCAACGAAAGGAGAUCGGGAGAAGGUUUCCAACGACACGAGGAAGAAGAAGAAAGAGCAUUUAGCGAGGUGCAACGCUUCCUUCCAGCCGACUGCUGCUGGUACAAUCUCGGAUAUUGAACCCAUGCAGCCACAUGGUGUCAAGCGGAACAAGCAGGCGGACACAUGCGAAUCCGUACCACGUAAGCACCACUGUCCAAACCGGAGUUCCCGACGCAAGCACGUGAGCACCGCUCACACACUGCCUGCCACCAACACCAUCACCACCACCCAAGCUGUGACGCAAUGGCCACCAGCUCCAAUGAACAACAUGAAUGCAUUCAUUCUCGGAGUCGGCAUUCCUCAACAGAUGUCCAUCAUCAACCCGCUGGUGCCUCAGCAAAUGGCGCCAAUGCCCGCAGGCAUGUUUCCGAUGUACUACGCGCCAGCCACGGCAGCCGCGCCGAUACCCUCCACUUCCAGUGAGCCGGACCCGAACAAACCCACGGGACAGCAGUUCCAAGGUCCUCCAAUGCAAUGCAUGAUGUACGGCCAGGCGAUGUACGGAUCAGCGUUCAUGUACUCGCCCAUAGCGCCUCAGGUCUCGUAUCCGGUACAGCAGACCGCAAUGGCGGCGAUGUCGAUGCAACAGUCCAACUCCCUCAAUCCACUCGGCCUCACCAGCAGAAACUACGAGGAGGCGUGUAAACCUGGUUUGCAACUGCGUUCGAGCAAGAUCACUGCCUGGAGAGACAAGAAGCGGGCGGAUUCUAACACUGCUUCCUCCAAGCUCGGCCAAGGCAGCGGCGAAAGUUGUUCCUCCACCAACGGUCACAAUCGGAGCACCGAUGCGUUACCGGACAUAGUUGCUUCUAGAGCAGGCAUUUCCAAAAGCAACAGGUUAGCGAACAGCGACGAGGCCGUAGACAGAACUGAUGGGGAAUCUUCUUAUUCCUCAUUCUACUCGUCCUUCUUCAAGACUGAGUCGGGCAGCGCCGAGGACAGCGGCGGAACGGAGAAGAAGUCCAAUAAGUUCUGGAAUAAAAAUCGGCCUGGCGACCAGACGCCUGAGGAUAGUUAUUGCUAUAAGGAUUCACGCAAUGUUAAGAAAAUGGCCAGGAGGAAAAUGGAACCGCCAUGGGUGGAGCAGGUGUGCGUGACUUCGGAACUAAUUUAUAAAUAUCAAAUACUAACAAAAACCAUGGAUGAGGUGCUCACCGCUGACCAACAGAAAAUCAACAAUCUGGAACAGCCGACGCUGGUGAACGAGCAGCUGGGUCAGCUUUACCUAGACCUGCAACUGGAGGGCGUCGCGGCGCGGCUCACUCUCGAGGAGGGCAUCACCAGCUCCAGCAGCUCCGGGGAGGAGACCGUCACCAGCCAGACCAAGACUCCCCGAAGAAAGCGAGAAUACAGCAAGUUGGUCAUGAUUUACGAAGAAGACGCACCCCUCCCCCCGUCGCCGCCCGAGGACGAGCCCACUGCUGGGACUUCUAGCGCGCCAUAAUGCUGCACCAGGGAGCAACUAAUAAUUAACAUGUCCAUACUGAGCAAAAUAAAGAAAACGAAUGUGUCUCUGUUAUCUAUACAAAGAAAACUGAACACAACGGGCUAGCGUACCCAAAUGAGAUAAAAGAUUCUCAUACAACUUUUUGCUCUAAGUUAAGAGUGAAAGCAACACAUUCGUUGGUCCAGUUAUGGCUAUUUCCAAGGUAGACGGAAUUAUCAUGCAUAGUAGUCGUUUGAACCGAAAAUAUACUACUAAGCUCGUUAAUUGUUUGUUCGACUGCGAAUACUGUAUUAUAUAACGAUCAAUAUAAUUGUUAUAAAGACCUAGAUUUGUCAUGAACGCUUUAGAAAUCAACUAGUAAGUACUGCACAAAAUUGUGAGCAUCUCUUUUCUUGCGAAAAUAGGGUUGUUUUUGAAUAUGCAUGUGCUGCGCGUGAGCACAAAGUUGAUAUCUUUUAGAAUGUUUAUAAAGAACUUGGUGUCAAAUGCGUUUUUGUAUGGUGAAACUAUUACUAUCCAUCGGUCUUUGUCCGUAUUUUGCCUGCCUCAGAAACUCUAGCUCUUUAUGGCUUCAAUGAGAUAUUUUUAAGACGUCACUCUAAAGCAAUAUUUUUUUGCGGUAGACGCAUGCGACAGCACAAUCCGCUUGCCGCGUGUGAGUCACGAAAACACCUCAUUUUUCUUACGUUCAAUAGUUACAUUAAACACAACGUAUUUAUGCGUCUGCCGCACAAAACAGUUGCGCGUUUAAAUAGAAAUUAAUGAUACGAAAUAAUUCAAACGUCAAUAUAUUGGUUUUCAUUUAAAAUUUAUCUGCUUACGGGUCUUUACACAAAAGUAAACAUUUUAAGACUAUAUAUCUGCAAAAUCCUGGGAUAAUUUAGACAACGGGCGCGCAAACAUGUGGGGCGUACCGAAUAGGAAUUUAAGCGUUAUUUACCCUUAAUUGUUUAAUUUAAUCUUAAGAUAUACUAUACGUACUAUGUAAACGUUUAUUAAUACGAUAAAUAAUAUAAUGCCCUUAUACUACUUUUCAGCAUUUAGUCGUUCUUAAAGUAGUAUUGAUGAGUUCUCAAUAUUGUAGCUAUUCAAUAUUGCUCUAUAGUUCUUGCAACCAGAAAAUAUCGAACUGCCCCAACACUUGAGCUAAAUUUCGUUGCAUCUGGAGAUUACAACAUUAGGAUAAUACAAGUGCAAAGCGGUUUAGUCCUGGGUGGCGAUAAUGUGAGCUGUUUGUUUGAACAGGUAAGUAUUUUUAAUCAGACCAUAUUCCUUACUUUAGUUAAAAUUAAGCUUUUAGGGUCCCGUACAUCCAAACGAAAACAUGUCAUGCACUAACUAACUAGCUGUACUUUUAUGAGCAAAACAGAAUAGUUUUGAAUUUAAAGAGUCGGUAUUUGAAAAUUUGCUAAACUAAGACUGGUAUUUUUGUAGUUUUAAAUUUGAUUACACAAAAAUAGCUCUUUAUUUAUUCGGUUUGUUUGAAACGUUUGAUUGACUAACAUUGUCUAAUAAGUUCGUACCCGACAGCGUAUAGGUGGACUUUAAUGUAAAUAUACGAGUUUGCACGGAACCCUUACCAUUCGAGUGUGACUUGUAGUUAAUUAUUUUUGGUAGGAUUAAUUGUGAUAAGAUCUCGAAUUUAGUUCGUGUGUUUGUGAUUUUUGUGUACGUUAUUGUGCAAUACACGAAUUUAAAUUGUUUCAAUACUUAAAGUAAUAAGCGCAUGCGAGUAGCGUGGUUUCAGAUUGCUUGGAUAUUUUUUCUUUUACUCUGCUCCAAUAGAAAUUCUGGACUGCUAUGACGCAUUCAAAUUUGGAAGAUUUGUCUAUUAUUUACCACUGUCUACUAUUUUUGGGCAUGCGGCUGUGUAUCUGCUAUCAAGGCUUUCUAUUGUCUCGCAUUAAGAAAAAAAAUAUUAGUAACUGGUAUCAUAUAAAUACGUUUUUGUACAUGAUGUGUGUAAAGUGGUACUUGACUUUUGCCUGUGUGAAAGUAGGUAAUUCAUCCUAAGUAUAUUAUAUUCUAUAUUCAAUGCAAGUUAACAAAUUAAUAGUAGACGAAUUAGUAACUGUGAUGGAUACGUGAUCGUCGUUAAAGGACAAUGAAAGAUUAAAAUAGAUUAUAUUUAAAUUUGAUAAGUAUAUGUUUUAUUAUACAUUUUAUAUUCUAUUAUUACCGCAAAUGUGCAAGAUUGUAAUAAAACUAUAUAAAUGACGUAUUUAAUAUAUUACAAUUUCGUGCAUUGAAAUAUAAUAACCAUAUAUUUUUAACAUUUACAACACAUUUUAAAGGAAUAUUUCUAUAUUAAAAAUUUGCCGAUACAUCCGGCCUUAUAAAUUUUCAAAUAUAAAAAAUGUAUGUCAAGUUUUUAAGUCAAUAUUUUUAUAUCUACGUACAUAGAUUUUUAACUAUAUACAAAUGCAAAGACAUACAAUAUUAUGAAAAAUUGUUUUUAUAAAACUGAAAAUUUAACUAUUAUAUCCCAAAAUAUUUAUUAUUUUAAAUUUAAAUAAAGCAGCCGAACAAAAUGCUGUUUAUUUUAAGUAGGUUGUACUAAUAAAAUUUUAAAGUACCUAAAAUAACUCUCCAUAAAAAUACGUCUCUGGAUUAGGUUGGUUAAAUAUUAAUUAAUUUCAACCAUGACAACAUGAGAUCAUAAUGAAAUAUUUCUUUGUGUGAUUUUUUCCGGUUCUAAGGACAUUCCGAUAACUAAUCAUAUUUUACAGAGUACACCAUGUGAGUGCAGGGAUAUUAGUCAUGCCUUUAACAAUACGGGAUGGCCUUUAAAGGUUUUAUAUAAUAUGUAUUUUUAUACUUAUGUAGGUAUAAAAUAUGUAUUAUUUAAAACGUCAUAUAUCUAACAUAAUUACCAUAUAAAAUAAAUAUAGAAAGUACCUAUCACAUUUCUACGUAUAUGUAUAUGAUAGAUACUUUCUGUAUUUAUUUAAAUCUAUCAAGAAUAUUAGUGGAUAUGGUUACCAAAAGAGUCUUUUAAGGCCUUAAUAUUAAAAUCCAAAUAGUACAAUCUCUAAGGAUAUUUGUAGUUCUUGUAAUAUUUUGUGCUUGACCAAAUGUUGCCAUUAACCUCAAAAUCAAUGUCUUGGUAAAUUGUACUACAAAUUAACGUCUACUAGUUAUUAGGCGUUAAAAAUGUUAUGUUUGUCAGUUAUUUUAUUUAGGUGUUUUCAAUUGAAUCAGCUAAAAUAUUUUUUAUGAGAGUCUUCGUUAUAUAUACAGACAUUAUUAUAAAUAUGUUACAACGUAAUUUUAUUUAAAUACAAAUGUUAAACUAUUUUGUUCAUUAUAUAAAAAUCAAAAGAAAACACGGCAUUAUGUUAGUUUUUAGUUGUAUUACACGAAAUGAAACUGUGUUCUUAUCUAGUUGAUGCUGAAGUUGUCACAUGCUUCAAAUAUUUGUUCUUUGUGAAUGAAUGAGUAUAUGUAGAUUUUUCACAAUUGUGGAAAGACUAUCAAAACGUCUUAAUUAUGAAGUGAGAUAAAUUUAUAAUUACUAUCAAAAAGUUCAAUUAAGAAUGUAAUAUCAAACGUUAUGGUUUUGACAUGGAAUUAGUAUUCCGUACAACGGUACUUGCUAAUUCCAUGGGUUUUGAACAUUACAAUUGAGCUGCCAUCUUAAGACGUACAACAUAUAAAUAGUUUGGUUUGCUGAUAGAAACAGUUAUUUGUUAGUAACUCAGGAAUAGGUAUAUAAACGAGAUAUUCCGAUCUGAUCUACCAAACGGAUCCACAAUUAAUUAUUAUAAUUACUUUUGCCCGGUCUGAUCCCCUACUAAACUGAGUAUUGUCAAGAAGGAAACAGUUAAAGCUGGUUGUUAAACCAGCAACAACUGUUUUCUUCUUGACAAUUCUUCAGACAUUCUAAAACAAAAAAGGGAGGGUAAAUAUUUACUACUAAUAUAUUGUUAAUUCUUAUAUAUACUAUACACUGACUUUUAGGGAUAAAAUGUUCUAACAAAGAUUAUAAAUAAGAUAAUAAGAUAGAUACCAUAAGAUAGUCGACAAUUUUAUGUACUAGAUACCAGAACGCAAUUAAAAUAAAACUGAUACACUAGGGUAUCACGUUAUGGGGAUCACACCGGAAUACUCAUAUAUAUGUAUUAUGAUGUUACUACAUUCGCCUAUAGUCUAUAAUCAUUCGUAUAAUCAUUAAAAUAUAAAAUUUUGUAUGAUCAGACAUUAUUUUGAUAUGUUAUGAUUGUUUGUUUUUGUCUUUAACUUCGCAUGUUGACUGGUUACUUGUAAUGUGGUCUCAACUAUCUAGUUUUAAGUAAUCGUUUGUAUAAUUAAAUAAUGAUUGAGCAAGUAAAAUGUAGUAAUGAGAA